AUGUCAGAUAGUAGGGACCCUGUGUGGGAGCACGGGGAGAAUAUCCCACCUGGAUGGCGCUGUAAGUAUUGCCAUACAAAGAGAGGCGGUGGUGGGGCAACAAGACUAAAGCAACACUUGGCUGCAAGAGGGAAGGGGGUUACAUAUUGCAAUUCAGUGCCUCCGGAUGUCCGUGAGUUCUUCUGCCGUGAGUUGGACAGGAUAAAAGAUGCAGGUGACCAGCGUAAGAGUGAUAGCGGAAGAAGGGUUGAAGCAGCAAGGGUCAACUAUUAUGACCUAACAGGUGAUGCCGACGAGGAGGAACAAAUGGAAGCAGCCAUUGCAGCCUCACGACAAGACGAAAACUUUAGGAGGGAUGUUGAGGAGCGUGGUGGCACUUAUGAGCAUGGCGGUGGGAGUGGAUCCGCUCAGCCGGAGGCACGGAAAGGUAGAAGUAACCCAAUUACCAAUAUGCUACGAAGGGCUACGUCUCAUAGGGAGUCACAUGCUGUGAGAGAUUACAACCUAGCAUCUGCCAAGGCCCCUGUGCAGCCACGCAUUGACACAGGAUUCUUCACAAAGAAGGGGAAGCAAGCUAGGCAAGCCAUUGGUGAGUCAUGGGCAAGGUUCUUCUUUACCGCCGGCAUUCCUGGUAGAAACGCCGAUAAUCCAUACUUUGUGAGCGCCGUUCGGGAGACACAAAAGUGGGGUGAAAGUGUACCUUCUCCAACUGGUAACGAGAUAGAUGGAAAAUAUCUUGAUUCUACAGAGAAGGAUGUGAAGAAGCAAUUUGAUAGGUUCAAGAAGGAUUGGGAUGAGUACGGUGUUACUAUAAUGUGUGAUUCUUGGACAGGUCCGACGAGUAUGUCGGUCAUCAAUUUUCUGAUAUACUGCAAUGGAAUAAUGUUUUUCCACAAGUCCAUUGAUGCGACCGGGCAAAGCCAGGAUGCUAACUUUGUGCUGAAGGAGAUAAGGAAGGUGGUACGCGAAAUAGGCUCGGAGCAUGUUGUUCAAAUUAUCACUGACAAUGGCUCUAACUACAAGAAGGCGUGCAAACUACUACGGGACAAGUUUGAAGCAUACAUGGAGAUCGUGAACAGAAGGAUGCACGACCUAACCAAUGAGACUCUCAUCAAUGCCGCUGCCGCAUUGAACCCUAGGACGCACUACGCGUAUUCUCUAAGUGCUACUGUCUUCCAAGACCUCCGACAGGCAUUCGAGUGGAUGACGGAUAUCGAUACGGCUGCCGCCGCUUUGCUGGAGGUUGAGAUGUACCGACGUAAGACGGGUGAAUUUGGGAGGGCACUAGCAAGAAGGAUGGCCAUAGAUGGGAAAACUUCACCUGCACAAUGGUGGUCUAUGUUCGCCUCAGACACGCCGAAUUUGAAGAAGCUUGCGUUGCGUUUGAUGAAGAUUCAGCUGAGAGUGACGCUCCCCUGCCUAGUCAACUUGUGUCUGACCUAG